AUGGCAACGGAGGGACAGAAAGCGGUGCUGGUCACCGGCUGCUCGUCCGGUAUCGGGCUCGCGAUCGCCGUGAUGCUCGCGAGAGACGAGAUGAAGCGCUACUACGUCAUAGCUACCAUGCGUGAUCUGAAGCGGAAGGAUAAGUUGGUUGAAGCGGCAGGAGACGCGUACGGUAAAACUCUGUCUCUGCUCACACUGGACGUCUGCAGCGAUGAAUCUGUCAAACAGUGUGUCGACAGCGUCAAAGAUCGCCAUAUAGACAUUCUGAUUAAUAAUGCUGGCGUGGGUCUGGUGGGGCCGGUUGAGGCUCUCAGUCUGGACGAGAUGAAGCAGGUGUUCGAGACCAAUUUCUUCGGCGUUGUGCGCAUGAUUAAAGAGGUGAUGCCCGACAUGAAGAGGAGACGCUCUGGACACAUCAUGGUCAUCAGCAGCGUGCUGGGCCUGCAUGGUGUGGCGUUCAAUGAUGUUUACUCCGCGUCAAAGUUCGCCACGGAGGGACUGUGUGAGCGACUCGCCAUCCAGCUGCUCCAGUUUAACGCCAAGGUGUCGAUGAUCGAGCCCGGGCCUGUAAACACUGAGUUUGAGCUGAAGCUGAUGACGGAAGUCUCGAAGAAAGAGUUCGCGGGUGCUGAUCCAGAGACGCUCCAUCACUUCAGGACCUGCUACCUGCCCACACAAAUCAACCUCUUUAAAGGCCUGGGACAAACACCUGAAGACAUCGCCAAGGUCACUAAGAAGGUGAUAGAGUCGCCACAACCUCCUUUCCGUAACCUGACGAAUCCUCUGUACACUCCGAUCGUGGCGCUGAAGUACGCGGACGAGACGCGCAGCCUGUCUGUUCACACCUUCUAUCACAUGCUGUAUAACCUGGGAGGAGUCAUGCAUGUUAGCGCGAGAAUCAUGACGUUCCUGAGCUUUGGAUGUUUACGGAGACGAGCCAUCUCACCAACCUAACACACACACACACACACACAC